AUGGCUCGCAUUUUCUAUGGUAUCCCAUUUGCACAACCACCCGUCGGCAGCCUAAGGUGGAAUUUACCAGUACCAAUCGCCAAGUGGAGUCCGAAAGUACUCAAUGCUACGACACGGGCACCGGCAUGUCCUCAACCGUCGUGCAGUGGCAUACCUUCUAUUCUCUGUCCUACAGUUUUCGAUGAAGAUUGUCUCUAUUUGAAUAUAUUCACGCCACUACCGAAAAAUCCAUCAUCAACAUCUUUGCCUGUUAUGAUAUUUAUUCCCGGUGGUAACUUUCAAUAUCUAGACGCUUCAGUACCAGUCUACGAAUCUGAACGCAUUGUCAAUACUACCAAUGUUGUCAUUGCACUCAUUCAAUAUCGCCUUGGCGCUCUUGGCUUUCUUGCGACGGGAACGGGACCAAACGAUAUCAAAGGCAACUAUGGUAUUCUUGAUCAACGAUUGGCGAUUGCUUGGGUCAAAGCAAAUAUUGCUUCGUUCGGCGGUGAUCCAAAUCAGAUUACACUAUUCGGUCAAAGUGCUGGAGCACAAUCGGCCGCUUUACAUCAUAUAACAAGCGAGAUGCAAUCGUUCUUUCAGGCUACUAUCGUUCAAAGUGCUCCUAUGGCAAUUCCUUUCAGAACAUACGCGGAAUAUAUUACGCCUGCCGUUCUUCUCACUGAAUAUCUGAAUUGUACUGUUGGUAAUAUUAGUUGCUUACGCAGAAAAUCCUUUCAGGACAUAGCUGUCGCUCAAACUAAAGUCAAUAGUAUGUUGACUUCAUUAGAAUUUCUACUAUUCUUCGAACCAUGGGUGCCAGUUGUUGAUAACAAUAUUGUAACGGGUCAGCUCAUUGACAUUAUCCAUAACACAUCUUUUCCACUCAAACCCCUUAUUAUCGGAACAUUGACAGAAGAAGCAAUUUUCUAUGUUUAUGAAGGUUGGACUAAACCAGUAUUGCCAACUGAAUAUGUCGAAUUUAUACUUUUUACUUUUCGUGAACGCGCAAUUAAAGUACUCGAACGAUUUCCACCAACUGGAUGGGAAGAUCAACGCUUACUCAUGUCUCGCAUUGCAACACACUGGGUAUUUGCAUGUCCAACACGUAUUUAUGCUCGUAUAGCUGCUAAUUAUUCCUAUGUCUUCGAUUUUCCACUCGAUUUCGACGGAUGGGAAAAUGAGACAUUCUGUAAUAAUCAUGUGUGUCAUGCCGGUGAACUACCCUAUACGUUCGAAUCGGCUUGGGUCAAUUUUACUGAUGCAGGUAAACGUGUUUCAAUGAGUAUGGCUACUUACUGGACAAAUUUCGCUAAAACUCACAAUCCAAAUCAACCAGUAUCAUUGCCACUAACAUGGCCAAAACCAGGCAAAGAGGAAACUUAUUUGUACUUUCAAGAUCCACUUAGUAUUCGACAAGCUUAUUUGUCAGAAGAAUGUGACUUUUGGGAUAAGAUAGGCUACAGACGAAACUAUUUAAUUUUUGAAUAA